AUGGAGGUCGAAGCUUUGAUGAUUCAAAGGGCGGAAUGCAAAUCCUUAAUGCUUAUGAUCGAAAAAUAUGCAAUAAAUUUCAAAUCCGGCGAUAGUAUUCUAGGGCUAAUUUAUCGCAAAGAAAAGCUAAUAGAGAAUUUCAAACAGCUGGAGAAAAUUAAUAGAAAAUUAAAUUUGCUACAACCAGGACAACAUGCCGAACAGUUCGAAAUUUUGUUCAAUUUGCAUUUUGAUGUUUUAGCUAGCAUAGAGGAACAUUUAGGGAACAAAGCAACACUACACUUAGGACAUAAGUCUGACUUAGUCCCAGACAUUGUUACAAGAUUAGAUGAUGAUUCUGAUUAUUCAGAUACCGAGAGUAUAUUCGAUGACACAGAUUUUGAAAGUUCUGAUUGUGAAUCUUAUGACUCUGAAUAUGAAGAUGAACUGGAAGAUGAGGUGGAAUCUCUUAACAGUAGUAAUAUUUUAUUUGAAGAUGAGGUAGGAUCUCUCCACAGUAGUAAUGUUUCAUGUGAAAAGGAAACAAACCCACAGAUCACAGAAUAUUCAAUGAGCAGCAGUUUUAUGAAAAGAAACGAGCAGUCAUCAGUUCUUGAAUCUAAAAUUGAAAAGAUGUAUGAUUAUUAUAAUGAUACCGAAAUUGAUACACUUGAGGGUGAAAAAAUUGUAGAAAAUCUAUGUAAUGCAGAUGUUUUAUUUCAGUAUGCAAAAGAAUUGGAACUGAGUCAAAUUAAAACCAAAACAACUUCGAACAAUGAGCAAGGAUCAUCACUUGACUUUGAAGAUUUGAAAGUUAAAAUAGUUUCGCCCUUAAUUCUUUUUGUUGAUACAGGAGGACUCCUACGAGUAGGUGGGAGACUAGGCCAAUCACUGAUAUCAUACUCGCAAAGCGAUCAAGAUUUUCAAAGAAUUAUAUGGAGGAAGUCACCACAGGAGGAUAUACAACAUUACAAACUCACUACAGUCACUUAUGGUACUUCAUCAGCUCCAUACCUAGCAAUUCACUGUUUAAACCAACUAGCAGAAGAUGAAAAUCUACCAAUAGCAGCCGAAACUGUGAAGAAAGAUUGUUAUGUUGACGAUGUCAUAAGUGGGGCCAACACAAAACUAGAGGUACUCGAUAAGGCAAAGCAACUUACAGAACUACUAAGCAGAGGCGGUUUCAAUCUCCACAAAUGGGCCAGCAACUGCAAAGAAUUACUUGAAAUGCUUUCACAACAAAAAGGAAAAUGCAAUGAGACAUUCUUUUCAGAUGGUUUAGGGGUUGUUAAAGCUCUUGGCUUAAUAUGGAAGCCAGAUGAAGAUGUAUUUAAAAUAACAACACCAGAACAAUUGUCAUCAGUUUAUACUAAAAGAAAUAUUUUAUCAUCCAUUGCACAAAUAUUCGAUCCAUUGGGAUUAAUUGCACCCAUUGUGGUGAGAGCUAAAAUGAUAAUGCAAAAUAUUUGGAAAGAAAAGACAGAAUGGGACGAUAAGGUCUCUACAGAAGUCGUUGAACAAUGGAAAUCAUUUCAUCAAGAAUUACCUAUAUUAAAUGAACUAUAUAUUCCAAGAUAUAUUUUGAAUAUAAAAGGAGAGUUAAAAGAUUUACAGUGCCAUGGGUUUGCGGAUGCUUCGAUGGCAGCAUAUGGGGCAUGUAUAUAUGUGAGAAGUACGUACCCUGAUAAGACUCUUGUGAAUUUACUAUGUGCUAAAUCUAAGGUAGCACCAAUCAAAAACAGCACUUUACCACGACUAGAAUUAUGCGCAGCAGUGUUAUUAGCAAGACUCUAUAAACAUGUAUGUGAUGUAAUAAACAUUAAAUUCACUAGCUCGCAUCUAUGGAGUGACUCUACAAUAGUGCUGGCAUGGUUAAACACCGACAGCAGUAACUUGAAAAUGUUCGUAGGAAACAGGGUGGCUGAAAUCCAAGAGAUCACAUCAGGAGCAAAGUGGAAUCAUGUGGCAUCUCCAGAUAAUCCGGCAGAUUUAGUAUCUAGAGGAAUGACGGUUCAGGAGAUCACACAAUCCAAAUUAUGGUGGAAUGGGCCCUCAUGGCUCUCACUACAAGAUAGUAAUUGGCCAGUAACGGAAGUAGUAAAAACAUCUCCAAUUCCAGAGCAAAAGGCAGUACUUCACAUUAAUACAUGCACAACUAACCCAGAAUUUGCAACAAUAUACACAAAAUUUUCUAAAUUUCAUAAACUAAUGCGUGUUGUAGCUUAUUGCCUCAGAAUAAGAAAGAAAUAUAAAAGACUGCGUUCCCUGGAUAAUAUUACAGCACUAACUGUUGCAGAGUUAGAAAACGCUCAGCAGAUAAUAAUUAGAGAAACACAACAGGAAGUUUACAGGAGCGUCGUUGAAGAACUAAGGAGCAAGGGUAGCUCAGAGUUUAAGACAGCUCAAGAGCUAAAACCAUUAAAUCCAUUUGUUGAUGCGGAAGGACUUCUGCGAGUAGGUGGUAGAUUGGAGAACUCACAGUUACCUUACUCACAAAAACAUCCAAUAAUUCUUCCAAAGAGACAUUACAUAACACGACUGCUGUUGCGACAGGAGCAUGUAAGAUUAUUACAUGCUGGUACUCAAGCCAUCUUGAUUAACAUACGGCAAAAAUACUGGCCUAUAAAUGGAAGAAACAUCAUCAAAGGAAUAAUCAAAGAGUGCACAAUAUGUAGGCGCUUUCAAGCAGCACAAAGUCAACAGCUAAUGGGAUCGUUACCUGCUGAUCGAGUGACAAGUAAAAGACCAUUUCUUGCUGUAGGUGUGGAUUAUGCUGGUCCCAUUGAGUUGAGAGCAAGCCGACUGCGCAAAGCACCAAGAAUAAAAGCGUACAUAGUGGUAUACAUUUGCAUGUCCACUAAAGCAGUACACUUAGACUUAGUCACGGAAUUAUCAACUGCAGCCUUUUUGGAUUCAUUGAAACGCUUCGUGUCACGAAGAGGUGUGUGCCAAACCAUAUACAGUGAUAAUGGAACCAACUUCGUAGGCGCCAGUAAUGAAUUAGAUAGACUCUAUAAGUAUUUUAAAAAUAAUAUUAAUAAGAAAGAACUCAUUGAGAGUAUGUCAACCAUUGGAAUAACAUGGAAAUUUAUACCGUCACAUACACCCCAUUUUGGAGGACUAUGGGAACGGAGCAUUAGAACAAUGAAGCAUUAUUUAAAUAGGGUUAUUGGUUCAACCUGUUUAACUUAUGAAGACUAUUUAACUUUCUUGAAUCAAGUAGAAGCCAUAAUGAAUUCAAGACCCAUUAUCCCAUUAAAUGAUGAUAGUACCGAUUCUGUGUUUUUAACCUCUAGUCACUUUCUUAUAGGUGAUAUUAUGACUGCUAUUCCUGAACCCGUAGUAGAUAGUACUGCCCUAAAAAAUAAAUUAAACAUACAUAGACAACUAAAUGCGAUGAGAGAUAGGUUUUGGACCUUGUGGUCCACGGCAUAUUUAGCAGAACUACAGAAGCGGGCAAAAUGGACAGCAUCCUUGGACAACCUAGCAGUUGAUAUGGUAGUCCUAAUAAAAGAGGACCAUGUCGCACCAUUACACUGGCCAGCAGGUCGGAUAGUCAGCGUCACGAAGGGCAAAGAUGGCAAGGUUCGGGUGGCCACUGUCAAAACCACUCAAGGAUUAUAUGUGCGACCUAUUGUGAAAUUGAUACCUCUAAUUGAUAUAGACAAUAAUUAA